GAGACAAGAUGAGUCUUACCUGAUUCAAUUGGUAUUGAGGGAGUCAGCGUCUCAGGCUCUCGGCGAUUGAGUAAUUCAGGCGGGGGAUUCGGCGCUGGGCAGUGGGCGAGACACUCUGCGAGGCGAAUCGGCAAUGGCCUGAGACCUGACGACUCUUGACGACGAUUAGGGUAACGACGUGUAGACGAGGACGAUGAAGAGGACCCUAAUCGAGGACUGAAACACUGACGACUCUUCAAGAGGAAGGCUAAUCGGCGAUGGCGAAUGCUCUCGAACAACGACAACACAGGAGAAUCAGCGAUGGCAAAUUGGCGAUAGGUCUUCACUACUUACGGAUAAGGAGAAUUAGGAUCACAAGCCAUGGGGCUAGCGAUGGACUUUUCGGAUUUAAUAAUUUGCGAUUCGAUGAAGCCGGCGGAGGAGGUUGGCGUCGAAGGCGAAGGAGAGAUGUCCGACGAAGAUUCGGGUGUCCGUAUUGUUGAUUCAUUCAAGGACCCUUUGGGAACCAUUGUGGAAUACAGUGGUUGCGAAGACAUGAACACUCCUGGCGAUUAUCAAGAUUUCUCCGAUUCCGAAGAUGAGAAAACCUUUAGACAAUACAGAAAGGAAUUUCUGGCUAGUGAUAUCCCUCUGGAACCUGGCAAAAGGUUAUAUGAAGGUUGCGUCCAUGCUGUACAAAGAUUGAUUACAUAUCUCAGGGAAAAGAAAGGAAGAAGUCUUGAAUUUGUGGAACUUAUUAAGGCAAAUACGGCUAUAAAUACUUCUCGUUUCUAUUUCGCCACCUUUACCGCUAUGGAAUGUGGAAAACUAGGAACUUAUCAAGCCAGACUGUUUCGAACUAUUCGAGGUGGCGAGGUUGAGAUUUUUCAGUUUAGGGAGGCACCUAUGGUAGACGGAGAUCAGAAGCUGGGGAAUUAGUGUCUGCACAUGGUCCUAUGUGGUUUGUGAGUCUAAAUAGAUAAGCUCUAUUUUGUUUUCUGUUUUGGUAAUUUAUUGCAGUGCUCCAAUGGUUGUGAAGCCAUUAUAAAGUCUUAUGGUUAUUUAUGUUAAAUUGUGAAUGCCCAUCUGACCCUCCCAUGUCUUUGGUAGAUGGAAGCAACAAAAAGAAAGCAUUGGUACCAUAUCCUACAAUGAUAACAAGAUGUAAUAGGGGCGCAUAAAAAACAAGUUUUCUUUGUUUAAUCUCUUAUUUUUGAUCACCCUCCCCCCUUAGACUAUCCCUAACGGGGAUUUUAGGAAUUGUGAAAUAAAAUAAAAUGGCACGGGGCGGUCUCUUUGAAGACCAGAAUGAGAUUAUACCAUUAUUUAUAUCUCUCAAAAUCCUGUCAGUGAAUAUAUCUACACUGCCACAAAACACAAUAAUUAAAACUAAAAAUAUAGCGAAAUCCGAAUAAAAGGAUGCAAGACAAAAUUUUAACAUUUAAUCUUCACACUUUCCACACCAUAACACAUAAUCCUCACACACGCCAAAAUUACAAUGCCUUUCAAAAGACCUAAUUUUUCAAAAGGGACAAAUACUUGGUAUUUCAAAAUUGAUUUCACAACAUACACCUAAUCUUUGAUAUGAAGAAAACACAAUAAUUAAUACUAAAAAUACAGGGAAAUCCGAAUGAAAGGAUGAAGGAAUGAAAAUUAAAAACUGAAGGAGAAGAGAAAAUGAUUAGCGACAUCAAAGAUUGCCACUACUAAUCGCCCAGGAAUCAUGGGCGAAGGACUGAGGACGCAUCAUCGCCGGCGAAUGGAAGGAGAGACCGUGGAGUUCAAUAGCGUGUGAGAGAACGGAAGGAGAGAUUGGAGUUGAAUGCCGUAAUUUUUAAUGAAAAAACAGAAAAAGGUGUAAAGGGUAUGAUAGGAAAGGAUUGACACCAUAAAUUGCUAUGUUUGUUAAAAACAAUGAGUAGUGCUAAAUGCGUAAUUUAGGGUGAGUUAGAAUGCUAUGUAGGGUGAUUUCUUAAAAAAGAAAGGAGAAAGGUUUCAUGGGACGGAGGGAGUAGUAGAACUUUCUUAGGGGCUUGAACUUUAGCCUGCUCUGAUUUUUUAGCAGGGCCGGCCCCGAAAAAUGAAAAAAUAAAAUUGGCCCUGUCCAAAAUUUACAUUUUGGGCCAUAUUAUACUUUUUUAGAAUACUUUUGCUCGAAUAUUAUUAUUAAAUUUAAAAAUAUAAGGCCCUAAAAUUUUAGGGCCAUGUGCGGUUGGCCACUUUUGCACACCCUCUGAGCCACCCAUGUCUGAUUGUAUCAUAUCUCGCCUUCACACAAUAUAUUACGAAGAAGUGUUAGCUUGCUUGGAAAUAUGGAAGGAAAGAGGAGCAUAUGUGAUGGAAACCGCUUUUUCGGGGCGUCGACCCGAUGAAAUCGGUACCGGGUCGGCACCGCACCGAACAGCGAAAUCCGGAAAUUAAAUAAAUAAACAAAGCGGAG